AGUAAUGAUGGUGGGGGGGUAGAUGGGAAGGUUGAAAGGAAGCAAGCGAACAAGCCAGCUAGAGAGAUAAACAAUGCUCUCUUGUUUAUACAUAUACAAUGUAUAUGUGCGUGAUGCAUUUCUUAUAGAAGCAGCCUCAAGCCAUUAGCCAGGCAUUGGAGGUGGGUUUGUUUCCACAAUGCAACAUCUGGGCGUUGUUGGAGUGGUAUUCUGGCAUUUGGGUUGUGUUCUGUUACUCUUAUAUCAGCUAGAGAGUGUGUUAGGAGAUGUGGGAAGGCCACUGACAGAUUCAGAUAUCAUACGCAGGCAGCUAUUGGCCAUUGAAGGAAAUGAGUUUGAGUUUGGGGAGAGGGUUGCGGUCGACCCAACUCUGGUAUUCCCUAAUCCAAGGCUCAGGAAUGCUUACAUUGCUCUCCAAGCAUGGAAAUCUGCUAUUUUUAGCGAUCCUUCCAAUGUGACUGGUAACUGGGUUGGAGCAGAUGUGUGCAGCUACAAUGAUGUCUUCUGCGCUCCUGCAUUGGACAACAGCAGCAUUCAAGUUGUAGCUGGCAUUGAUCUGAAUCAUGCAGACAUUGCAGGCUAUCUUCCAGAGGAGCUUGGUCUGCUCACAGAUCUUGCCUUGUUUCAUAUCAAUACCAAUAGGUUCUGUGGCAUUGUGCCUCACAGCUUCAGGAAGCUCAAAUUGCUGUUUGAGCUGGAUAUCAGCAAUAACAGAUUUGUUGGGCCAUUUCCCAAUGUAGUCAUCUCGUUGCCUUCAUUGAAGUACUUGGACAUUAGAUUCAAUGAUUUUGAAGGUCAGCUGCCAUCUCAGCUCUUUGACAAGGAUCUGGAUGCCAUCUUUGUUAAUAACAACAGGUUUCAGUUUGAUAUUCCGUCCAAUCUGGGGAACUCCCCUGUUUCUGUUGCUGUCUUCGCCAACAAUCAUCUGAAGGGAUGCUUGCCUUCCAGCAUAGGCAACAUGGCUGCUACUCUGAACGAGAUCAUUGUCCUCAACAACAACUUAACAGGUUGCCUGCCUUCUGAGGUUGGUUUGUUGACAAACUUGACGGCUUUUGAUGUGAGUUUCAACAAGUUCGCAGGUGCUUUGCCAAACAGCAUUGGGAAAAUGGUGAGCUUAGAGCAGCUGGAUGUUGCACACAACAUGUUUUCAGGAAAGAUUCCUCCGGCCAUCUGCGCACUGCCCAGCUUGAUCAACUUCACGUAUUCUUACAACUUCUUCACGGGGGAGGCGCCUAAUUGCUUGGCUCUGCCGUCCAGAGGAGUUGUCUUCAAUGACCGGUCCAACUGCAUUCCUGGUAGGCCUGCCCAACGUUCUAUCAGGCAAUGUGCUUCAUUCCUUUCGCAUCCCGUUGCUUGUUCUUCAUUUAAGUGCAAUGCUAUUACCACUCCAGUGCCAUCCCCUGCUUUCCCAUCUCCUCCUGUAUCGUUUCCCUCACCUGCAAAACCCACUCCAUCCCCGUCUCCACCCUCGCAGUCCCCAAAACCACCUUCGCAGCCAUUUCCACCCUCUCCCACAGUGCCAUCACCAACACCACCCUUUUCAGUAUCACCUUCUCCUACAGUGCCAUCUCCAACGCCACCCUCUCCGUCACACCCCUCUCCUACAGUGCCAUCUCCAACGCCACCCUCUUCGUCACCCCCCUCUCCUACAGGGCAAUCUCCAACACCACCUUCUUCAUCACCCCCCUCUCCUACAGGGCCAUCUCCACCACCACCUUAUUCAGUAUCACCCUCUCCUACAGGGCCAUCUCCACCACCACCUUAUUCAGUAUCACCCUCUCCAACAAUGCCAUCUCCAGCACCACCUUAUUCAGUAUCACCCUCUCCAACGGUGCCAUCACCUACCAUACCAUCUCCCUCGUAUCCGUAUCCUCACUCACCUCCUAAUUUCCCACCACCACCACCACCUCCCCCUCCACCACCUCCUACUAUGUACUCACCAUACUCACCACCUCCUGUCUACUACCCACCAUCCCCAUCCCCACCUACAUCUACUGGUUCCCCUCCUCAUCCAACUCCCGUUCCCUGCCACCGAUCACCUCCGCCUCCCUCCCCACCACCUCCAUUUCAUUCUCCUCCACCAUCUCCGAUCUUCCACCAGUACUCCCCACCGCCUCCUCCAACUUACUCUCCACCAUAUUACUCAUCUCCUCCUGUUCACCAUUAUACUUACCCUCCACCAUCUCCAACUCCACCUGUUCACUAUUAUACACAUUCUCCUCCACCCCCACCACCACCUCCACCUCCACCUUGUCAAGAAUACCCCUCACCAUCACUGCCUCCUCCCUCAAUUCCUCCUCCAAUUCACUACACUGCUCCCCCAGUCCCAUCCACCCCUCCAUCACCAGUUUAUUACGGAGCCCCACCACCUCCCUCACCAUCUCCUCCACCAGUUUACUACGCUGCUCCUCCAUUUCCAUCCAUGCCUCCACCAUCUGUUUACUACAAUGCCCCUCCACCCCCCUCACCAUCUCCUCCACCACCACCCCCACCCUCACCAUCUCCUCCACCUCUACCAUCUCCUCCACCUCCACCUCCUCCAUUUGUUGAGGAAAUGCCACCACCAUCUCCCCCUUCUUCAUUACCUCUACCCACUCCAUCAAAUGUACCUCCCCCGUCUGAACAUACGCCACUUCCUCCAACUCUUGGGUUCUCAUACAAAUCUCCUCCUCCUCCCUCAAUAUAUUAAUUUUUUUAAGACUCGUAUGAGGAAGCAUACUAUUUUUUCUGCCGCCAUAUUGUCCUCUCCAGUUCCAUGGAUUGGAAUACAUUGAGUAUUUCUGAUUUCGAAAGUAGGGAAAUAUUGCGUAGUUUCUCCUCUGAGAAAACAAUACGGGAUCACAUCAAGGGCUAUCUCCUGCACAUGAUUCAGAAAUAUCAGAGUCGAUAGAGGAAAAGGGCCUUCAAUUAGCCUUUCAUACUUCUGGGAUCACAGGCAAUGAUUUUUCAGCAAGCUACCACCUUCAUUGCUCACGAUAUGAAGUUUAUGAAUAAACCAUUCAGGGGAACAUGUUUUGUGAUUUCUCACAAUGGGUACCAAAACUUGUAUGCAUUAGUACUAUACCAUUAUCUUAUCUAUGAGACUUCUCAAAUGUGUUAUACAUGAGACUUCUCAAAAUGUGUUAUACAUUUGUGUAUCAGUCCGGAUUAGGUCUUUGUUUCGAAUGUAGGGCAUAUGACAAGCAACUCGAUUUCCAGUUUAUUCUUUCAAUAUUGGUGCUAUUCAGGAAUAAGUAGAACUUAUCAUUUUGAAAUAUGAGAUCUUAUCUAUUGAAAUUGAAUAUUAAUUGCAGAGAGCCUUCUUGUUGA